CGCGACGUCGCGACGUUCCAUCGUAGCCGGUCGAAGAAAUCGCUCGAAUGCGUCGCGCCGCUUGAUCGCCUCGAUCACUCUGGUCGAUCGUGAGUUCGGGGAACGCGAUCCGCGUGUGGUGUCAGUGAACGGGAAACGAGGAGAGGAGCGGAAAGAACGAAGAACGGUGUGGUGAGGAACGAGAGAGAGAGGACUGUCUUGCUGGGAGAGCGAAGAUAGGCAGCGAUCACGUCGCGAUGGCAGCCCGUCGUGAACGUUCCACCUGCAUAGCGAUCGUCGUUCUGCUGCAGCUAACAGCUUACGCGAACGCGGCGGAUCCGUACUUGGACAUCCUGCCGAACGGCGAGACGCAGACGAAGCCGAUCGGCUCCAGCAUCAUUCUUACGUGCAAACCGAAGGUAGAUGAUCCAUCGCUCGUCAGCCAGAUGCAAUGGCUCGAUCCGCUGAACCGCCCGAUCGAGUUUCUCAACACGUACGCGGGCACGAAGCCGACCAUGUACACCGAAUUGCAUCAGGAUAGCAGUCUGUCCCUGUUCUUUAAUUCCCUUCAGGAGGAUCAGGCCGGGAAGUACACGUGCAAGGGAAAUUAUGCGCGUAAUGUGCAGUUGAGCAAGUCCGUGACAAUCGAUACUAUUAUUGCGAUCACGUGGGACAAUGCGCCGCCAAAUCAGUAUCCCAUUCUCGGGGAAGACUUUGAUAUUCAGUGUCAAGUACGCGCUAGGCCACCGCCUUCGGUUGAUUGGCUUUACAACGGAGAACUGAUCAAGACGAACGAUCACUACGUUAUAACCACUUACGCCUUGAAGAUCAAGAAGGUUCAAGCGUCCGACGACGGCAUAUAUACGUGUCGUGCGUCGGUGCAGACCACAGGAGAAUUGAAAGAGCGACCUAUCCGCGUUGAGGUACACAUAAGACCUAUGAUCGAAGAGAUCCUGAGCCCGGUAGACAUCAUCGAAGGCGAAAACGCAAACCUUAAGUGUGGCAACAAAGUUACUGGCAAGCCGCCACCAACGGUGCAAUGGGUUAAAUCUCUCACUCAACAGAACCUGUCUACCGCCGAUCGCUUCCACGUCAAUUCGGUCACAGGUGUGGUCACCAUUACAAAUGUGAAUCGCGAAGACGCGGGCGAGUAUCAGUGCAUCGCGCACAACGCCGCCGGCGAUGCCAACGCCAACAUCUUGGUGAACGUGAUCGUCAAGCCGAAAAUUAUGGAAUUCGUGAACAAGACUGUGGUGGAAGGCAAAGACGUAGAUAUUAAAUGCAAAGCCUUCGGCCGACCACCGCCCGAGGUGACCUUCAGGAAGCUCACCGCUGACAAGCCGUACGAGACGGGCGCUCAGUCGCAAGAUGACCGGAUCAACGUGAAGAACGAUGCGGACGACGUGUCCGGUGAGACUGUUGGCACCUUGUCGAUAUUUAACGCUCUCACCGACAACGACGGCCUGUACGAAUGCGUGGCGAAAAAUACCGGCGGUGUCGCCUACAAGAACGGUCAUCUGACCGUGGAGUUCCCGCCCUCCUUCCGCAACAUGCCGAACGCCACGGUUUGGUCCUGGGACGCCCGACCGGUGAAUCUCACCUGCAUCGCCGAGAGCAUACCGAACGCGACGAUACGCUGGACCUUUUACGGGGAUCAGAGGAUCCCCGACAACGACGGCAAUAUCCAGCAGAUUGGUAACGGACCGAAGUCCAUUCUCAUGAUAAAACCGUAUGACCGGAGAUUUUACACUAAUUAUAAAUGCAUCGCUAUGAAUACUCACGGCACGCGGGAACACUUGAUCGAGCUGAGGGAAGCGAGCAGACCCGGACAGCUCUUGAACGUCAAGAUGGUCGAGAUCACUGCCACAACGAUAAAAUUCGAUCUGAUACCGCCUUUGCAACCAGAUUUACCUAUCAUGACUAUUUCCGUGCAAUACAAAGAACAAAACUGGCAGACCUGGCAAAACGCGAUGAACAAGACGUGGUCUGUCGGUUCCGUAUAUGUCAUUGAGGGUUUGAAACCGCAGACGCCCUACGAGUUCCGUUUCGCGGCGAGAAACCAGGUCGGCCUGGGUAACUGGGGUAACUUGCACAUUGAAACCACACCCGGCAGGACGGUGCCGAAGGAGCCGAAGAUCAUGACGACGCCGGGCUCUGAAUACGAGCUUUCUCCGUACAGUCACCAGUACGAGCUUAGCUGGACAACGCCGCCGGAUAAUGGUGAACCCAUAGACCUGUACCUGAUCAAGUGCUGCCAGAUAAGACGCGUCACCGGCGACUGGGAAAUGUUGACUGAUACCUGCCGCUCGUUGGAGGUCAAUCCAGGCAGGACGAGGCAGUAUAUCAAAGAUCUGAAAUACGAUACUUUCUACUCGGUCGAGUUGCAGGCUCACAACGUGAUGGGCUACAGCAAUCCCGGAUACGCCAAGUUCAGGACGGCUAGAGGUGUAGAUACCAGCGUGCUGCAGCAUCACGGCCCGCUGAUAUCGAGCGGAGCCAUAAUCGGCAUUGUCCUCGCGACGAUAUUCGUCAUCUUUAUCAUCAUCGAUGCCAUCUGCUGCUGCGUGCGCAAGACAGGAAUUAUUAACUACAUGCGCGAACGGUCUCGGCGGAAACCAGUCGACGAGGAAGACACGAAGCUCGGCAGUCUUUACGGUUGGCGGUUUCCGUUGCCGUAUUGCGACCAAAAAAUGGCCAAUGUCGCCGGGGUCACGGCCAUCCAAGACUCGGGUAGUGGAAAAAAUACCAUUAGAUUGGUCAAACACACUGCCAUAGACGAGAAGGAGCCGCUGAAGGAGGAGAAGAAGAUCACGCCGAUCAUCGAUUCCGGACUGCGCCGGGAGACCUCCAUCACCUUCGACGGCAAGAGGUCCGUCUCCAAGACCGGCUUCGUCGGCAAGGACUCGGCCGUCUAGAUAUUCUUCCGGCGUACUAGAUUGUAAAUCGUUUCCGGAAACGCAGCGCGGUUUCCGGCUGAAAAGUGUUCUCGAAAAAAAAAAGAAGAAACAAGGAAAUGAAAAACAAGAAACGAAAAGUAGGACGCGCAGAGCGGAUCAUCAUUUCGUACGUUCGCGAGCCCGCUUGCGGGAGGACGGGAGAGAAUUCGGCGAUCCGCCUCGUCGGAAUUUUUCCGAGACGAAAGCCUUGACGCGGAUUGCUCUUUCGCCAUUCAGCGCCGAGUCUCUCUCCGCCCGAGCCUCUGCUUUUCGUUUUGCUCUAAAACGUUACGCGCGGUUUCACGGUCGUACCGCCGCGCCGACCCGCCUUUCUUCCCUCUCGAAACCUCUUACCUCGUGUACUGCGAUACACUUGCCGCCUACACUUCCCCGUAGAAUCCCCUGAAAGCGCUUCCUCGGUGAACUUAUCGCCUAUUACUUUGCCGCAAGGUUCUCGCUGCACGUCUGAUUUCGCGUGUAAGGUAAGCUAACCGCUUAAGGAAGGAGCAAAACUUUGGAAACCUGACAUAUCCCUCCACCGCGCUUUUACCUGAAACACAUUAAGAUACAAAGUGAAAAGCGAUUUGAUCAGAAUAUUUUACUAGCUCUCUUUGACUACCGCAAGAAUCGCUUAAAAAUAACAUCAAAAAGGUUGAUCCAAGGUAGUUUUUAUCGACGAAUAUGUCACGUUUGGAAGGUUUGUCCCUUGAGCAUAAAAGCAGUCUUGAACUCUUUUUGCCCCCGUCAGUAUACUCGCCGAAGCAUGCGAAGGAGCACAGAUAAUCGAUAGCUUACGAAAACGAGAAGUACGAAGUUAGCGGAGCUUACUCGGUAGUUGCUCUUGGGAGGAAAAUACGGAUAUAAUUGUAACGUUAUAACGCAAGGAAAUGAGGAGUAGGUAGAUCGCUUGCGCGAGAAGAAGAUUAGGAAGCUGGCAAGAAGAAUGUACAAAAAUUUGUCGUGCAAUUGGUAGAGGUCGACUGAUCGAUUUAGAUGAACGCUUCGAGGCACCCUUUAGAUUAUCACAGUCUAGUACGCUGGGUAGUAUCGCGUCCUUUGUCGCGCGCGGUUUCAAGAAGACCCGCGCGGAAAGUCGUACUCUGUUGCGCAUGAAGGUAAAAAGAAGAGAGAAGAAACAACUUCAUGUUCGUUCGGAAAGAAGAUUGCAUUUUGAGGAAUAUAAUCGCGCGAAAAUGCAAUGCUCGUAUUCUUCGUGGUGUGACAUCCAGAUAACUUCAAUUCAUCGUCAUUGUGAAAAGAUUGUUUUUAAUACUGACUUAAUAUUGGAUUAAAGAAAGAACUGUUCGAGUUAUAAGGUUCUUUCGAAAUCUUACAGGGAGUUCAAUAAGACAUAUCUAAAUUCCAGUACUUAGUAGCGAAAGAAUUGAGGAAUUCUUGGACAAGAUGAAAAUGGAGAGCAAAAUUUAUAGUCGACUUCAUCAGUCUUCAGCAUUUCCUCUGUAAAUGUAAAGUUUUUUUUUAACUGAUUUAUUUAUUAACCGAUUGUUAUGUUUAUUUUUAAUGUUUAUUUAGCAGUAAUUUUUUUAGCGUUAUACAAUUUUAAUUGCGACAAAAUUUUAAUUGUGACACUAUAUAUUGCGCUCAUUCAGCGCUCGUAAAAAAAAAAAUAAUUCGAGGCACCUUGGAGAAAUCUCUUGUGUAAAAAGGCCGUUCUCCGUUUUCAGAAUGUUUAAGAAUGUGAGUGUUGCUUUCAUAUUCCUCAAGCGCCAACAGAGAAACUCUCUUUCUUCCCUUUUAAACGAGGUACGCGAUUUUGCGGCAACCUUCGAAACUGUACAUACACCUUGAACAAUCUAUUUCUCUUUCCCUCACGUUCAUACCUCAUCCUUCUCCACGUCUUUCGAUUAGGAAUGACUGUCAAUCGAAAAACGUAUACAGUAGGUAGGCUUUCACAUACAUACGCGAUAUGUAUUUGACGCGCUUUUAUUCUCAUAAAUUCCUUGACUCCGUGAUCGUAAUGUUCAAUCCUUUUCACCGUUUUUUUUUUUUUCUUAAAUCCAAAGACUGAUUCUUUUAUAUGUCGAACCAAUGGAAUCGUAACCGACUGUCGUUCAAGUAGCCGGAGAUAAAUAUCGAAUUGCAUCGUUUAAUCGCCGAUCGCGUAUUGUUCAAUACGCACGUGUUCUUUGUCGAUGAGUCUUACGAUCAUGCGUGUGACCACUAUAGUUAUGAGUGAAUUACUACUUAAAUCUCGCAUAUCCUUGUAGCGAGUUCGUUCGUUCUUCGUACAUUUAUAUAAUCAUAACCACCCUUGUAUAUUUAUGCAUUUACUUUUUACCUCGAGUGAGAAAGGCUCUCAAUUACCUUUUUUUUUUAGUGAUAAUUUAACGUAUAUAUGUUUUAUAAUGUUACCUUGUCUAUGAGACAUAAGAGCGGCUUGUCUUUUAUAUAUAUAUAUAUAUGUUGCUUUUUUAAUUUUUAUUAUUAGUGAAAUUCGCGCUUUUCUGUAAGGAUAAAAAUUUUUUUUAUAGUCUUUAGAAAUUGAGAAGAGAAGUAAAAUGAAAAUAGGGCGACUCUUGCGACACUGUGUAUUUGUACUGACAUUACAGAAGUCACUAUAAUUACGGUGAUCAAUUGUGGUUGUUUAUAUAGACAAAAUAAAGUUGGAAAAAGAAACUCUACUGGAAACAUAUAGACUGCGAUAUUAGGAUGCAAGAACAAUCGGUUAGCGCGAAUUAAUAAUAGAAUUUCUGAUAAAAUUUGAACGCGCUACCUUGACGCUAAAAGUCUCUCUGAACAUGUAUGUAUAGUGUAAUCAAAAGCAAAUGGUAUUUACCGUGACAAGUGUCAAGUCUUGCAGAUACACGGAGCUUGCCAGUCGGAUUUUCGGUCAGCGAAUCGCGAGAGUAUGACAUCGGAAAAAGCUGCCAUAUAAUUAAUAUAUCCGAAUAUAGCGAGUAAAAGAAACCGUACCGCUCUUGCCCUAAUGUCUAAGAUGGCUUUUGCAGAAAGAAACGCAGUUAAAAUGUGAUAAGUUUUUGUAAAUGCUUGUAAACGUUUUUCCUUAAUUGUAAGACGUAUCGAGGAUAAAUCUUAGGAGAGUUUUUGGUAGGUCUAGAGAAACCUGCACCAGCACGGAAUGCGUGUCCUCGCGGAAAACCGACGGUGGGCGACUCACAUCCGAGGAGAAAUAACAUUGUAACAGAUUGUUGUAUCGUCAGGUCAGUCAGGUGCAAUGAUAAAUCCAGAGAACGGAAAUUUUUUCGCCUUAACGCUUUACGUGGAUUCCAAUGAAAGAUUUCACGAACGUCGAUUAGCUUCAAAUGCAAUUCGAGUGACGACUCUCUUUCUAGAACUGGAAAAGAAUUGAAUUAUCACUGAAUUAAUUUUAAAAUUAAUUACGGCUGGUCAUUAAUUUUGUAAAGCGAAGAUUAUAUACUUCUGUACAGAACUGAAAAGAGACGGAAAAGAACAAAGUGUAGAAAAUCUGGAACUAGCAGCGAGGACGUUCUCAUCGGAUAUUAUAUCAUUGCACCUGUUGAUACAUCGAAAUCGAAAGUUGGCACGCUUUCUCAUAGUCGCGAACACGCGUUCCGUGCAGAUAGCUUUUUUACGUAAGACAGAGAAUUUGCCAAAUACCAUAGUACUUAUUAGCACGUAAGUCAAUGAAUACAUAUAAAUAUAAAAUAUAUAUAUUAUACAAAAAAAAUGAUAUAUAUGUACAUGGAAAAUAUAAACAAGUCGCGGGACAUUCGCGUGACGGAUAUCGCGCGAUCACUUCGCAUCGGCGAGCGAGACGCAUCAUCGUUUCUAGCACCCCUAGCUAUUUUGUAUCCGUUGCCAAAAGCCGUAAAUCCUUGACAAGUAGCUUCCCACAAAAAGUAUUACUGCGCAUCUUCCGAUUUGGAGAUCAUUACCGAGUAUUAAAGUUCCGUAGAUGUAAGGCGUAUUUUUUAUGUAAUGCUUUUUCUGUACGCGACAAGAAAUCGUGCUCUCGAAUAAAAAGUGAAAAAGUUUUCAAGGUGA